AUGCCGUCACUGAUAGAACGUCUGCCCAGCGAGCUCCAGCGGCUCGUCUUCUCCAACUUGGACUAUCAGUCCCUCAUCUUCCUCUCUACCAUGAACCGACACUUUCACCGAACCAUCAAACCUCAAGAAAUGGCCGACCCUUUGGACAAGUUCCAGUUCGUCAUGAGGGCAGCCAAGGACUUCCCGCAGCACCGGCCCAGCGAGAAGGGCCAAGACCACCAGCCGGGUAACUUUGAGUGCUACAUCUGCUUCCGCGUGCGGAUGCCCGAGCACUUUGACGCCCUCCAACCGCAGUCAGCCUACGUCGACAUUCACGGGCGAGUCGUUUCGGAUCGCGCCCCAGGCCUCGACGACCGACUCGUUCCGCUUCGGCGGUUCUGUAUCGAGUGUGGGGUCAAGUUCGGCAUCCAUGGGCCUUCUGACUGCUUAACGACGAGGACGGGUCAGGACCUCUGGGUGUGUCGUUGCAGGAAGGUCUGGCAGAAGCCGGGAUGCUUGAAGUGUCUGGACUGUGGAGGAAGCUGUCCACUACGACCAAAGCGAAAAUGGUGA